CGAUGUCCGAGAGACAAACUCCUUUUUCUCUCUCUUGCUGUCUCUCUCUGUUCGUUUCUUCUUCUUCUUCUUCUUCUUCAGGAUUCGGAAGCAUGGCUUCGUCCUGCAGCAGCUUCACUGUCAGCAGCCGCUUCGGCUCCUACUCUUCUUCCUCUCCCGCCUCGCUGCGUACCACGUCUCCCUCAUGUCCUCUUCUUAAGCCUUCUCCUCCUUCCCGCCUGCCACUCAGUUCCUCUCCUCCUUCCUCUUCCAAGAUUUUGCUUUCGUCUAGUCGACGCCGGAUGUAUCUCGCCGUAAAUUCUCACAUGGCCACCGAGCCUAAGUCCGUUUCGGAGGACAGAAUGCUUGUCUUUGUACCUCCGCAUCCGUUGAUUAAGCAUUGGGUUUCGGUUCUGAGGAAUGAACAAACUCCUUGCCCCAUUUUCAAAAAUGCAAUGGCAGAGUUGGGAAGGCUGCUUAUUUAUGAAGCUGCGAGAGAUUGGUUGCCUACCAUUACCGGGGAAAUUCAAUCACCGUUGGGCGUGGCCUCCGUUGAAUUUAUUGAUCCCCGAGAACCUAUCAUGGUUGUUCCAAUCUUGAGAGCUGGUCUAGCUCUUGCUGAACAUGCAUCAUCAAUCUUGCCUGCAAUGAAGACAUACCACCUAGGGAUAAGCCGAGAUGAGGAGACUCUUCAGCCAACCGUAUACUUGAACAAGUUACCUGACAAAUUUCCUGAAAAUUCUAGAGUAUUUGUGGUUGAUCCUAUGCUAGCAACAGGAGGAACAGUAGUGACUGCCCUCAACCUUAUCAAGGAUCGCGGGGUUGGCAGCAAGCAAAUCAAACUUAUAUCAGCUGUUGCUUGUCCUCCUGCUCUCCAGAAGCUUAGUGAAAACUUCCCCGGACUGCAUGUCUAUACAGGAACUAUUGAUCCAACACUCAAUGACAAGGGAUUCAUCAUUCCCGGCCUUGGUGAUGCUGGAGACCGCAGCUUCGGAACCUGAUGACCUGCAUUCAGCCAUUUUGUCUGGCAAUUUUGCCAUGCUGAUGCUUAUUGUUGAUCAGAGAAUUUACAAGUACCACAUUGAUGAGUGGUUGCAUCUGUAUUAUCUCUGCUCUCAUGUGCAAAUUAUGAAUUCGGAAAACUGAUGAGUUGCGAAGAUGUUGAUAUGGGGGAAUGAACAGUACUUUGAUUCUUGACCUUUUUAAGGAGAAAUUCUUGGAUUGCCCGAGUGGUUAAUCCUCCGUUUGGUUUCGCAA